GCAGGGCCUAGGCUAAAGGGAGAAAUAGGCUUGGCCUAAUUCUAUAGAAUUCUAAAUAAUGGCAGAAUAUUGCCCUGAUGAAAAAUGCAUGUAGGCUAUACUUCGUCCAGGGUUAUUACCAAAUGUAAUUAUUUGUGUCCAUAAUAAAGAAGGCUAAUGCUAAAAGCAGUGUUCACAUAUAAAGGGGGGAGGGCGAACUAGUGAGCGGAGAUAUAAGAGUUCGGGUUGUUGGCUGGGGCAGUUGUCGAGAGGUAGGCUAAUGCAAUUGUGUUACAAACCGAAAAAACUAUGAAAUCCGCCGUCGCAGCUGCUGAAACAACGGUAGCAUGGUAGCUUUGGACUGGGGUUUGCAAGACGAGCGCCGAUAUCUACACAUUACUGCAAUUUUAACACCGAAUUACUUAUCCCCCUGAUCGAGUCGGGUAAACCGCCGUCCGAGAUGGGGAAGGAGGUUAAUGGUGUUUCGCGGAGCCGGUUUGAGAUGUUCUCAAACAGCGACGAGGCCGUCAUCAAUAAGAAGCUGCCCAAGGAGCUGUUGCUACGAAUCUUCUCCUUUCUGGAUGUGGUGACACUCUGUCGCUGUGCCCAGGUCUCACGGUCGUGGAAUGUGCUCGCCCUGGACGGCAGUAAUUGGCAGAGGAUUGACCUUUUCGACUUUCAGAGAGAUAUUGAGGGGCGAGUGGUGGAGAACAUCUCGAAACGAUGUGGGGGAUUCCUGAGGAAGUUGAGUCUGCGGGGCUGUCUGGGGGUGGGGGACAGCGCUCUGAGAACCUUCUCCCAGAACUGCAGGAAUAUUGAGCUGCUUAGUUUGAAUGGCUGCACCAAGAUUACUGACAGCACAUGUAAUAGCCUCAGUAAGUUCUGUCCCAAGCUCAAGCACUUGGACCUCGCCUCCUGUACCUCAAUCACCAACCUGUCACUCAAAGCACUCAGCGAGGGCUGUCCUCUGUUAGAGCAGCUUAACAUCUCGUGGUGUGACCAGGUGACUAAGGAUGGCAUCCAGGCCUUGGUACGAUGCUGUCCCGGACUCAAAGGCCUUUUCCUCAAGGGCUGCACACAGUUGGAGGAUGAAGCACUGAAGCACAUUGGUGCACACUGUCCAGAGCUGGUCACUCUCAACUUACAGACGUGUUCGCAGAUCACAGACGAAGGUCUCAUUACUAUAUGCCGGGGCUGUCACCAUCUGCAGUCGCUGUGUGUCUCAGGUUGUGCCAACAUCACAGACGCCAUCCUCCACGCCUUGGGACUGAACUGCCCGCGCCUCAGAAUAUUAGAGGUGGCUCGCUGCUCUCAGCUCACAGAUGUGGGCUUCACUACACUAGCAAGGAAUUGUCAUGAGCUGGAAAAAAUGGACCUGGAAGAGUGUGUGCAGAUCACGGACGGCACACUUAUCCAGUUGUCCAUCCACUGCCCUCAUCUGCAAGUUCUGAGCCUGUCUCACUGUGAGCUGAUUACUGACGAUGGCAUCAGACAUCUGGGAAGCGGGCCCUGUGCCCACGACCGGCUGGAGGUGAUCGAGCUGGACAACUGCCCCCUGAUCACGGACGCCUCGCUGGAGCACCUGAAGACCUGCCACAGCCUGGACCGCAUCGAGCUCUACGACUGCCAGCAGAUCACCCGCGCAGGCAUUAAGAGACUAAGGACCCAUCUACCUAACAUCAAAGUGCACGCGUAUUUCGCCCCCGUCACCCCACCCCCCUCGGUUGGGGGGAGUCGCCAGAGAUUCUGUCGCUGCUGUAUCCUGCUAUGAUGUGAAGACUGCGCCCCCACCCCCCUUCAGCCCAACUUCUGCCCCUCCACCCAACCUGGCUCGGCCUGGUCCGAUCCGGCCUCAAGGUAUACAUGCUGGUGUGCCCCCCCGAUUGGAGCUGCAGAGAGAGGGAGAGAGCCCAUCCACCACAGGGUCUGGGAAGAACCUUCCCAACGACAUUACCAAACACACUCACAACGGCCUUUGUCAAACACACAAAUAAACACACACACAUCACCACAGAUGAACAUCAGUACAUUCCCUGCUGUCCCCAGGCCCAUGUUCUAAAGACCACCCAGCAUUGCAGGGAGGAUUACAUAAUAGAACCACUGCUGUUUACAGAUUAGGCUCCUAAUACACUGUAUGGACUACAUGAAGGUAGGGCUCACUUGAUACAAGGUUCCCUAUGGACUACUAUGACCUUUUACUAAAGGAUCAGAAAGAUGGGUUUGGAUAAGAAACUCACAUCCAAUGUGGGUGUUGGGAGGAUAACCAGAAACAUGGCUAGAGCUACUAUGAGGAUAUUGGUUUGGUAGAAAUGCCCUCAGAAUCUUUCAACGACUGUCAAGCUACCUCUAGACAUAACUGCACUUCAAUGUGAGUAGCUCUUUGUUAGCCUCUGGUUCCAGACUGCCCACUCCCAACCAAACGUUUUAUUUUUAAUUUUUUGCUAAAGAUCCGUUUCCAUUGGCACUUUGAAGUCAACCCAGGAUGGGCUGGCCUUGGUGGCUGGCUGAAAUUGUUUCCACUGCCUCCAAAGAAUAAAUUAUGUCAUGUUGCUAGGUAUUCAAUAUGUGACUGCAGCUGGCUUCGCUAAUGUUGCUAACUGGCAAGAUGUUGAAGAAUUUAAAUUCACCCUCACAAUGCUGUAACUAACUUUAACCCAUACUCCUGUCAGUGCUAGCCAUACUCAGAACCAUGUAUUUAGCUUGCUAACUAGCUAAACGGUUAGCGUCGCUAUUGGCUAGCUAACUAAUCAAGCAAACCAGACUGCAGGUUUGAGUGUUUUUAUUUAUUUAUUUAUAUAUUUUUAUACAACAGAUUUGAUAUGAUGUAGCUAGCUAGCUUUCAAUACGAACUGGCCAGCUAAAAUUCCUGCUAGCUACAGUAGCUUGUUUUAACUCUUGAUUUGCUAGCUAAUAAUGGUAGCUAGCAUUUUAGGGCUGACUGUUGUCAUAAAAGUUUAUUGUGGAAUGCAAAAAUUAAUGGAUCCAGCUGUGGUGGCAAUUCGUGUCAUGUCUGACUACUGCAGUACUGCUUGUCCAUGUGCUAACUAGCAGCGCACACACCUAGAUGAGCUGCUCAACGUUGUCACCAUCCAGUGGUGAUUUUAUUUUUUAUUUACUGCGUCACCAGCCUGAAUUCUAAACGCGCUAGCACCAGGUGUGAAACUGGGCUGUGCUGGUUCGAAUUUGAGAAUUCCAUUCGAACAUCUCUAUUUUGGCCCUGAUUUUAAGUGCCAGUGGAAAGGGGUUUAAUUUAACAGAGUCCUGGUGUCUUCGACAGCAAUUAAACAGCCCCCCCACACACACACAAAUAUAUUGUAAAUACAGUGGGUAGUAGUUAUUUUUCUCUAGUCUCAAAGUAGCUACAGCUUAGUGCAGGCCUGCUAGAGGGUAUGCUGAGUUUAUCCAGCAAAAUGAUGACACUUUUUAAAGAGUCUCUAUGACUCACCUAAUAGUUUACUGCCAAAUGACAACACACACUUGCACAUACACGUGCGCACACACAGCUCAAUACCUCCCCCUUCCCCUCUCUCUGUUACAAUCAGAAGCUUCAUUGUACAAAAAAAAAAGAGAAAAGCAAAUAUUUUUCUAAAAAGGACACCAAUUGAGACUUACACGUGGGGACAUGAGAAGAUGCCAAAUGUUGCAUGUAACAAUUCUAGUUUUUUAAAUCUAAAUGUAAUAUAUGUAAGUACUGUGGAAAUCCAGCGCCGCGGCCAGCUAAACCACACCACAGACCAUGGUGUGAAGGAAAGAUUUACGUCAAUGGGUCUCGCACUAUGUUAAGCCAAACACAUACUGUACACACACAGGUGUGUUUUUGUGUAUGUGUGUGAGAGAAUGUUCCGGGGCUAUGGCGAGUAGUUUGGACAGUGAACCAUCAGCAGUUCUGGAUUUUUGGAGACAUAAUAAACCAGGCCCCUGCAAGCUAGUCUUAGCAACAACAAAAUAUUGAAUAGAGACCCAAACACAUAAAAAAAGAUUGACGUCACUGUGAGUUUGCGAUGCCAGACAGACCAGGAGGACGGAAAGAAAAAGCCAACCGAAAACAAAGUAUCUGUAUUUUCAUUUUGUUGCUUUUAGUCUUUUUUCCCCCCCUUGGUGAUGAACAUUCUUGAUGAAUGCGAGCUGGCGAACCACACAUGGGUAGGAGGAGAUGCCCAGUGUUGCUUGCGGGCACCAGGAUCUGGUCAGUGACAGUAAUGCCCCUUCAACUCCCAUAAGGCCAUGCAGGGGAGAGGGUGAAAGUGGAGUUGACCCUGCACCAGCGCAGCGCCCUUCUCUCUCUGCCUGGGACCAGUGACGUGGGACGAGGAGGGGCCGCUGGAAUUGGAUAGGUGCGGUCACUAAACAAGGAAGUCGUUUGGAAUCUUGACCUGGAGUGAGCUGAGCGCACAACACUGGCCUGCUGACAGAUGUUGGAGUGCAGGGAUAUGUGUCCCAACUCCACGACUACCACCUUACCAAAAGACUUUGACCCCUGUUCAUGAGUUUCAAAGCCUUUCAUUUGGAUCCUUCCUCCUCUACCACACUUUAACCUUCUCUGUUUUCUGUCUCUCCUCUUCUAUUCUCUGUUCUGUUUUUCUUUUUAUAGUUUAGUCUUUUUUUAGCCUUUUCUGUUCAAGUUGGUGACUUCUACAUCUCGUUCUCACCCCUCCCCCCUCUUUUUUGUUUGGUGUGUUUUGGGGUGGGGCUGUUUUUGUUUUGCAUUCAGUCAUGAGUUCAGUGUUUUCCCCAGUUAAGUUUGAGCCCUCUUGCAGUCCUUGGCUUUUGGUCUUAUGGAGUUUGUGUUCUAUUACGAGUUCUUGUUACCUAAUGUCCAGAGUGUAGCCUUUGUACAGGGGGAAGGGUUGGAGACAGUGCAAUUUGUAAAAUAAGUUGAUGACGAGUCGGUGAGGUUGCUUUUAUGUAUAAUGGAUGUUAUACAACAUAUUGAAUGUGUUGCCAUGAAGGCGUUGUCUGGGAACGUUGGGGGGGGGGGGGGGGGGGGGUUAGGGCCUAGGUUGUGUGCUGAUGUAGCAGAAACAGAUUCCUCUCCUGAUGUGCUUUCCCUUUACUUGUUAUGCCUUGCUUUGGGGAUCCCCUAACACCAUGAUGCAGCCCAGCCCACUGUAGAAACAAAACAGAGUUGGUACGCCCAAUAGGAAUGUUUUAAUGUUCUCUAAAAAUACAUAUUUCCUUCUAAGAUUCAAACCAACUAACAGGCAAAACAUUUAAUGAUGAUUAUUUUCUGUUUUUGUGAUUUUGUCAGUUGGGGGUGGGAGGGGGGAUAAUGCAAACGGCGAUUAAUCCAGUCUGAUCUGUUUUGUUUGAAUGUGGGUUUAUGGGGGAUUAGAGAACAUCCAGGAGCCCAGAUAUGCGUAGAUGCAUAAUGUACUCAUACUACACACCCUCUGGCUGGAUGCAACUGUGCUCCCACUGCUCCCUACGGUCUGGAGUUACUAGAGGGAAAGUCAUGGGGAAGCCAGGAUCCAUAACACCUGUUUGACCUCUUCACACACAGUUGCUGAGUCACCGGCACCACUUGUACUCGCUUAGUCAUUCACAGACGCAUUGAGACACACACACGGUACGCACUGACCAUUUGCACUGCCAUGGUCCCCUCUGAAUCAGAACUCAGUUGAGAGCGAAGGUAUGCAGAGUAGACAUACGUGCCUACACAUACUAUACACUAUACACUAUUGACAGCACAGACAACAGGCAAAUUCAGCCUCAAGCGGUUCUGUUAGAAUUGAUUCAAUAUACAAAAACACGAGAACAUGUCCAUACCGGGUUAUGUCAUAAACUACCCUGUAGAAUGUCAAGACUAAACACAUGCAAUACAAUUAUACCGUUUCAUUCCUCUGAUUUUCCAGCAGUUAACAUGGAAGAUGACAGAUUACUGAAUUCUGGCUCAGUCCAUUUUCAUUUCCACUCAGUCCCUAUGACUAGACUGUGUGUUGGAGGGGGUGGGGGAGGACGGCUGGCUGGCUGCGUGAACAAGAUGGUGGAUCUAAAGUGUGUUCUUGGUAGUUUGACACCUGGGGACUACUUUACUUUAUUUUUUAUUUUUUUUACUUUACACAAUGACUGUAGUUCAUAUAAAUUAAUGUAAAUCUUUUUAAUUUUUUUUUUUUUACAAUUAACUGAUUAUAAAUGAAUAUGUAUGUAUGAAUAAAUAUAUAACUAUAUUAUUAA